AUUUAAAACUUUUUCCAAGCAUGCCUCGUCUCGUUGCAGCUAAUCUUGUGACUUUGUUUAUUUUAGCUGCCACAUAAGAAAGACAAACGCAAUAAAGGAGAUAGUACUUUAUAAAAAAGCUCUAAGAUGUUUCUGGGUUUUGUUGCCUGUGUUUUCCUGUUGCCAUUUGCGUGGGCAUCACCUGCAGUUAUUCAUAAAUAUGGCACUGACUCGCUUAGAACUCACAUAAAGUUUACAAAGAAAUAUCUUGACAACUUACCUGAAGAGCAUAUGAAUGUUAGUCAAAUGAUAAAAUACCAUGGAUAUCCUUGUGAGAACCAUGAUGUUGUCACAGAAGAUGGGUAUAUCCUCAGCCUGCAACGCAUUCCUCAUGGAAGAAAAGAAGUGCCACCAAAACAUGAAGUUGUGUUUUUGCAACACGGACUUAUAGAUUCCUCUGCAACAUGGGUUAAUAAUCUACCAGAGCAAAGUUUAGGUUUUAUUUUGGCUGAUCUUGGAUAUGAUGUUUGGCUUGGAAAUAGCAGGGGUAACACAUAUUCGAAACGCCAUGUUAACCUAACCACUGAUGACCCAAAAUUUUGGGAUUUCAGCUUCAAUGAAAUGGCACAAUUUGAUCUUCCUGCCUCACUGAAUUACGCCCUCAAAAUAUCAAAUACAUCACAGUUGUAUUAUACAGGGCAUUCUCAAGGGACAAUGAUUGGUUUCAUCCAAUUUGGACGACAGCCCGAACUAGGUAAAAAAGUAAAAACAUUUUUUGCCUUGGCACCUGUAGCGACAGUUGGAUAUAUAAAGGGCGCCCUUAAAAUUAUGUCAUAUUUUUCUCCAGAGAUUGAGUUUUUAAUCAAAAUUCUUGGCAUCAAAGAUUUUUUCCCAAACAACUGGCUUAUGAAAUUAUUAGCAGAUACAAUAUGUGCUGCUCAUUUUUCCGAAAAGUAUUGUGCGGAUUUGAUAUUUCUCAUGACAGGAUUUGAUACUAAGAACUUGAAUGACACUCGCAUACCAAUCUAUGUUUCGCACACUCCUGCAGGCACAUCUGUUAAAGACAUCUUACAUUUUGUCCAGUUAAUAAAAAGCAAGAAAUUUCAAAGAUACGAUUACGGAGAAGCUGAAAAUCUUGUAUAUUAUAACCAGACAACACCACCCUGUUAUGAUGUUAGCUUGAUGGAAACGCCCGUGGCGUUAUUCACAGCAACCAACGACUGGUUAGCAGACCCUGAAGAUGUCAAAGGUUUGAAGCCUAAAUUGAAGAACAUUGUGUUUUCUAAAAACAUUGAAGUUUGGAAUCACAUGGACUUUGUAUGGGGUGAAGACGCACAUAGUGUGAUUUAUGCUGAUAUUAUCAAAUUAUUACAAGCCUGAAAAUAAUGGACAAAGGAUUAAUAUUUUUAUAUUAUUUUUGAUGACAUUUUUAAUAUAUUAGUAAAAAUUUAUAUGCUGCUGUUCAAUUAGAUAGUUUUAUUUGGUUGA